GUUGUCAAGUCACACUUGACAGCGGCAUAAUUUUCUGUCAAGUCAUAAAUACACUCUGACCUGUCUUGAAUAAUAAAGUGUUCAGUCAUUUUACUUUGAUUAAAAUUAAAGCGUAAUAUUCAUAUUAUAGUGUUUCAAACAUAUUAGAAAAGAAAAAUGGAAUCUUCAGAUACCGUAAACAAAACCCCCGAUGAUUCUUCUGGUGGUAUUUUUGGGGCAAUUUUAACCGAAACUAUUUCAAGCCCUAUCAAUCUUGCUCUGCUUGGUUUGAUCGUGUUUUUAGUGUAUAGAAUCAUCAAAAGCAGGCAAGAGGAACAACGCAGUGAGCCUGUUGAAAAACCUUUGCCCAAACUUAAAAAAAGGGACUUCACUAUCCAAGAACUCAAAAAGUUCGAUGGUACUGAUGAAGAAGGUAGAGUUCUAAUUGCAGUGAAUGGGGUGGUGUACGAUGUUACCAAAGGCAAAGCCUUCUAUGGACCAGGUGGGCCGUAUUCUGCGUUUGCCGGACGAGAUGCCUCCAGAGGAUUGGCAACAUUUAAUGUUACAGCUGGCGGUGACCAAUAUGAUGAUUUGAGCGAUUUAAGUUCUAUUGAAAUGGAAUCUGUUAAGGAAUGGCAGUCACAAUUCAAUGAAAAGUACGAUAUUGUGGGAAGGCUUCUUAAGCCCGGUGAGCAACCAACAAAUUACUCUGACGAAGAAGAUGAAACUAACACCGAAAAAUCAAAGGAUGAAUAGAUUGUUUUUUUCUUGUUUAAUUCCAAAAACAUAAAGGCUGAUUUUACUGAGAGGUUAUGUGUGCAAACUAAGUACUGAACACCUUACAGAAUUUGUUUGUGAUUGUCUUGUAUUAAUACUAACUGUUUAGGAAAAAGGAAUAACAAAAAAAUCUAUAAUAAUAAAUAAAUAAUGAGUGUAUAUUUCAGUACUUUGUUGUGCAGUUUCAAAAUGUUUAUUAUAUAGGGUGUUCCCUAAGUAGUCUAAAAAAUUUCAGGGUGUGAUUUCUCGUGUGUUUUAAAAAAAUAAAAAUUCAUAUAAACAUGGGCUCUAAUGUAGAUACUUCGUUUCUGAUCUACAGGGUGUUAAAAAAAUCAAAUUUCUCGCAAUAUGUCGGAAACUACUUUAGGGAUUUUCUUUAAUUUUGGUAUAUUGUUUCCAGGCACAAAGGGGGUUCACUUUUAUUAACUGUUGUUUUUCUACUUGAUCCAGUGGCUGUCUGUACGACACCCCUGUAUUAUUUGAUGAAAAUAAAUGGAACAUUACUGCUUUUUUCGAGAAUAUUAUUUUUUCUUUAUUUUCAAUACUUUUUCAACAAGAUCGAUCUUUUGAGUCUUUUUUGUACGCCGAACGGUUUUCGAGAAAAAAAAAUUAUAAUCGUUAGAAAACGAGCAAUAGUCUGUCCAAUGAAUCAGGGAAGAUUUCGACAGAUGACAUUCAAAACAUGACAGAAAAUACAAUUUGUUAGUGAAUUAAAAUGAUAGACAAGAACUGUUAGUACUGUCAGGGAUCCUGCCAUUGGACAGACUAUACAUGGAUAUCGAGGUGGGCUUUAUUUUUUUUCUUUUUUUUCUCGGAAACCGUUCAAUAUACAAGUAAAACUCAAGAGAUGAAUUUUGUUAAAAAGAUACUGAUCACCAAGAAAAAGAAAUUGUUUUCUCGAAAAAACGCAAUGGUGUACCAUUUAUAUUCCAAAAACAUGAGGAAUCGCACCCUAUUUUUUAGACUACUUAACAAACACCCUUUAUAUUUGAUGGGGAUAUUCUAAAAUUUAAUACCUUCAAAUUGUUUUUUUCUACUUAAAAAAAUAUGUAAUAGUAAUAAGUAUAAUACUUCUAAUCGUCAGCGCGUAUUAUUUUCUCUUUUUCCUUAUUAGUUUUAUUAAAAUUUCUAUCUGUAUAGACACAUAAGUGUUUUGUUUUUAACCACAGAAGGUAAAAAAAAGGUUUCUAAUUUUUUUUCUCUAUUUUUAGUACAUAUUUUGGAUGAAAGGGUUAGUUGUAAAUUGGUUAGUUUUUUAUUAAUAAGUAUAGUUGACUUGAGUUACUAUAAAAUAUUUUUGGGAUGGAAAUUAUUUCACAAUUUAUCCUAUAUUUUAUUUUAGAACGUAGGUGUGGUUUUCCAGAAUAUUUGUUAAACUAAAACAUAUACGGGGUGUUUAAAAACAAAUGCGAAAAACGUCAUUUCACUAUUCCACUACUGGAAUAUUAUGUAAUCCUACUAUAUAAGCUGAUCAACUCCCAUUAUUUUAUGAUUGUGGAUGACAACCAUAUUUUUCCGCCAUAUUUGUACUAAAAUGGUUAACGAUUAUAUAACAAAGCAUCCUUUACCCUUUAUUUAUUACCAACCAAUCGACCCUUAAAUUUUUUUGCAUUUGUUUUGAACCAUCCAGUAUAAGAUUAAUAAAAAAAAACUCAAGAAGAAGUCAAAAAAUGCAAGUAUUUAUUUUUCAAAUUUAAAAAUUCAUUAUUUAUUAAAAUUCUUGGGUGAUACGGUGGUACGUUUUGUAUAUAUUUUCUUCUAAUAAAUUAUUAUUAAUUAUAACUUAUAAUGGUCACUUCUAGUAAAUAUUGAUUUUUUCUGGAUUUUUUUUAAGAUAAUACAAAUUUUAAUAUUCUA